AUGUCGAAGGUUCGGAAUCAGGGAGGCGCCGCUGAAAGGCCGGAAUCAGGAACACUUGGUGACGUCAACGUCUUGUCGGAAGAAGGUACAGUUAGGCCUGUCGAGGAUACAUCGCUAGGAGAGAACACGGCAGGAGUUUCCGAGAGCUUAGAGAAUGCGGAGAAUGUGGAGAACGAGGAGAACGCGGAGAACGCGGGGAACGCGGAGAAAGCGGGGAAGGCGGAGAACGCGGGGCAAGCGGAGAGUGCGGAGAGGUCGGCACGUGCUGCAGGACUGGGUGACAUCUACACCAUGGCUGAGGGAGGAGUGAUGGACCGCCUUAGAACCCUCUGUCUCGCACCAGCCGUCGCGGCGACUCUCGCGCGUCGCCUGCAGGGAAAGAGUGACGGUGACACGGCAGCCAUGGCGGCAGGCAGCAGUAGCAGCGGAACUAGAGUAACGGUUGUUUGGGACAGCAAUGCCGACAAUGGCUUUAACUCUCUGUUUGCGGGGCCGCCGAAGGCUGGACGUCUGGCGGGAGUGUCAUCCGAGAUGCUCGCUGAGGUGGCGGUGGAGGAGACGUUAGAUGAAUUUCUGAACGCGAGAUUGACGGCCGAGAUUGAGGUGGCUGUCUCAGAGUGCAAGGAGAACGAACCGAGCGAAACCGACGCUAUCAGCAGCAGUGGAGGCAGUGGCGAGUCUGUUCGCCUGAUGCUGUCUGCAGCAGCUGCUGCAGAGGUGAUUUCGGCAAGUGGCAGUGGCGAGACCAACGGCCGCGUGAUUCUGUCACCUCAAGAGGUCUGCACUGCGCGGAGGCUGGAAACGGCCUGCCUGGGCGGGAUGCGGCCAUCAGCAGGCGUGGCGGCCAUCAUGCAGGCCCACCCCGCCUCCGCGCUCUCCGCCCUCCCCCGCUCCACCGCCGUUUACCUUGACAAGGGGGCUGCCGCUGCGCCAGGCGCAGGGGAUGCAGCAGCAGCAUCAGGGGAAGAUGCAAGAGCGACAGAAGGAGCCACAGCAGCAGCAGCAGCAGCAGCGGCGGCAGGGAAUUGUGGGGGCUGUGCGAAGGAUCCCCUUCUCAACUGCACCAUUCGAACAAUCGCAUGGAGGUACCUCCGUGCGGGCUCCACCCCUCCUUCUUCCCCCUCAUCCUCUCCUUCCUCCUCGCCUUCCUCCUCGCCUUCCUCCACCUCCUCCCCUCCUUCAUCCUCCUCUUCCUCCCUCUCCCCCAAGACAUCAUUCAUAGUUGCUGCGUUCGAGCCUGAAAACGCUGCUGCAGUGGCAGCUGCCUUCCACCCCUCCCGCGCGCCUCUCCUCCUCCCCGUCACACAAGCCCGCCUUAAGCACUGCUCUCGCUCCUCCUCCUCCUCGCUCUCCUCCUCUUCUUCUUCCUCCUCCUCCUCUCCCUCCACCCCCCCCUCCUCCUCCGGUUCCGAGCCCGCUUCCUCCACGCCCAGGCUACUGCCGGCACAGCUCGGCACAUCCUCGGAGGGGCUAUGA